UCUUUGUCAGUCGGAGGUCUGUGCUUGCAAAGAUUUGAGCCAUGUGGAGGGGUAUUCUGUUUAGCUGUCUUCUCUUUCAUUUGACAACAGCAGCUCCUAAACCGCAAUUUUUGGUAGUUUUUCCAAAUAUGAUAACAAUAGGCACCGAUACAAACGUUUGCUUCCACUUCAUCAACCUGCUUGAAGAUAUCAUCUUCCAAUCCACCUUACUGACCAUAAAUACUCGCAUCAAUUUGCUUUCAGAACGUGUCCAUGGUGACCCCAACUGGUAUAAGUGCAUUAAUUUAAAGGACAAGCUUCAAGGACAAACUUUGCCAGGACUAAGCAUACUAGAAGCAUUUGGAGUGAGUAAUACAUACUCAUUUCACAAAGCGAAGAAGGUCUUCCUACUGCUUCCUCCUCAUGAAAGUAGCACGUUCAUUCAGACAGACAAGCCAAUCUACAAACCAGGGCAGACAGUGAAAUUUCGGAUUGUGACCUUAAAUGAAGAUUUUAUUCCAGAUCUAUCUGAGAUUUCAGCAGUUUACAUCCAGGAUCCUCAGCAAAAUAGGAUUAUCCAGUGGCUGAAUGUGAAAACACAGCAGGGCAUAGGGGACCUUUCUUUUCCUUUAGCCCAAGAAGUAUUAUUGGGUACCUACAAGAUCAUAGCUCAGAAACAUGAAGCUUUGACAACACAUACAUUUUCAGUAGAAGAAUAUGUGUUACCAACAUUUGAGGCACAGUUGAAGCUCCCCCAUGCCAUAUCUUUCAUAGAUAAAGAAUUUGAAGUGAAAGUAUGCAGCAGUUACACAUAUGGAAAACCAGUUAGAGGCACAGUUCACAUCAGCCUAUGCCGACAAAGUCAAUUUUUAUGGAGCAAGUUGAACAGCUUUGAAAUGACAGAUGAAUACUGCAAGGAAUUUAACGGCAGUACUGAUGGCAAAGGAUGCUUCUCCAAAGUCUUUGCCACUUAUCAUUUUCACCUGAGGACUCCAAUAUUUAAUAUGGAAAUUAAAGCUCAUGCUAGAAUAACUGAAGAAGGGACUGAUCGAGAAGCAGUCACUACUGGAACUAUUUUAAUAAAAGCUGCUACUAUUAAAAUGAACUUUGAAGAUUUACAGGAGCAUUAUAAACCUGGGAUGCCCUUCUCUGGGAAGGUCAAGGUAGAAGACAUACGUGGUUCACCAAAGGUAGAUAAAAAUAUCACAUUAUGUAUCGAUUCAACUACAUGUGAAACACUUACAACUGACUUCAAAGGAUAUGUCUAUUUUUCAUAUAAUACUACAACAUGGAAAGGUGAAACAGUUCAGCUGUCAGCAAAGCCACAACUUACAUACAGCUAUGGUGACAGCUUUCGUGUAUUGAAUCCUCUUGAUGAAAUGAUUUUUCAAUAUAUUUUUCUUCAGUAUUCAAAAAGCAAUAGUUAUUUAUCAAUUAAUUCAGUAAACACCUCAAGAAACAACUGUGACGUACUUUUGGAGAUGCAGGUCAGCUACACAUUUAACACAAAUGCAAUGGAAGGGAAGAGACAUGGCUUGGACUUCUUCUAUCUGGUUACAGCAAAUAGGAACAUUGUUGUAGCUGGUCGAAAAUCAACUGAAGCUGGAAGAGAAGGACAUUUAACUGGAACUGUUUCCUUUAAAAUUCCUAUAAAAGCUGAUGUCUCCCAAAAUGCUGAAGUACUGGUAUAUGCUAUACUUCCUAGUGGGGAUGUUGCUGUUGACAGAAAGAAGUUACAGAUCAGCAAAUGCUUCUCACAUCAAAUAAAGCUCCAGUUCCCAGAAUCUGAAGUUCUUCCAGGAUCCCACACUGAGCUGCAUGUCAAAGCAGCACCAGGUUCCCUUUGUGCAGUGAAAGCAAUAGAUGAAAGUGUCCUGCUCUUAAAACUAGAGGAAGAAAUUACUGUAGAUAAGGUGUAUACAAUGGCUAAAAGAGAUCAGUCUUUCCUUGCAUCAUUUAUUUCUAGUACAGCUGAAGUAGAGAUGGCUCCGUGUAAACAAUUCCAACCGACUGGCUCAUACUGGCAUCAAAACCAUUUAGGGGCAGUUCCUGUAUUUCCUAUCACUAAUUUUGUCAAUGAUGACAGCUAUGCAUUUUUCUUUAAAGUUGGGCUGAAUUUUUUAACUGAUAUCAGUAUGAGAAAACCAGUAGACUGCUACCCAUAUGCCACCCCUGGGCUUUCAAUGCCAUUCAGAGCACCAGAGGGAGUAGGUAUUGCAUUUCCAGUUGCUGGUACAGGUUUUGCUCCAGGUGUUGGUGCAGCUGCUAUUCCAGGUGCUGGUGCAGUUGGUAUUCCAGGUGCUCUUGCAGGUGUUCUUCCAGGUGUUGGUGCAGGUGUUGGUGCAGUUGUUCCAGGGUCAUUUGCCCCCCAUUCAGCUGCGGAUCUACCUUCAUUUCCUGUGUUACAGCAAGUUUCACCUUUAAUGACAACAAUCCGCAAACAUUUUCCAGAGACCUGGAUUUGGGAAUUGGCUCCUGUUAGUUUAUCAGGAGAAGUAAAAAUUCCUCUUACAGUCCCAGAUACCAUCACAAAAUGGAAAACUGAAAUGUUCUGUAUGGCUAGCCUUGGCUUUGGACUGGCAGAAACAGUGACACUAAAUGUCUUCCAGCCUUUCUUUGUGGAGCCAGCACUCCCGUAUUCUGUAAUUCGGGGAGAGGCAUUUACACUGAAGGCCACCGUUUUUAAUCAUUUGACGCAAUGCAUCAUGGUUGAAGUUACCCUCGAAAAAUCAAAAGAUUUCCUGGUCAAAUACUGUGAGAAUUGUCAGUAUACCAGUUGCAUCUGUGGCAGUGAAAGCAAAACAUUUCUUUGGGAUAUCAAUCCAAAAUCCUUAGGAGAAGUAAACUUCACUAUCUCUGCUGAAGCUAUACAUUCUGAUGAGUACUGCGGAAAUGAAAUUGUUACUGUACCUCAGAGGGGUCAGAAGGACAUUGUUAUCAGACCACUGCUAGUGCAGCCUGAAGGUACAUUGAUAGAAAUGGCAAAGAGCUCACUUCUGUGCCCUAAAGGAACAGCACAGUUGGAAGACAUUAAUUUGCUGAUCCCCAAUGCAGCAAUUGAAGGCUCUGUAAAGGCUCACAUCUCUGUGACUGGUGACAUCUUGGGAUCUGCCCUGCAGAAUAUAGACAAGCUGCUUGCCAUGCCUUUUGGAUGUGGAGAACAGAAUAUGGUGCUGUUUGCACCAAAUAUCUACAUUCUGCAGUAUCUGGAGAAAACUGAUCAACUAACAACAAAGAUCAAAGACAAGGCCAUAGAGUUUCUUAAAAGAGGAUACCAGGGGCAGCUAAAGUAUCAGCAUACAGAUGGGUCUUACAGCACAUUCGGUAUUAGUGAUCCUGAAGGUAACACCUGGCUUACAGCAUUUGUUCUUAAAUCAUUUUUCCAAGCAAAGCCCUACAUCUUUGUUGAAGAUACACAAUUACAGAAAACAUUGAAAUGGAUUGAACAACAGCAGUUGCCAAAUGGUUGCUUCAGAAAUGUGGGUAGACUUUUGCUUAGCUCAAUGAAGGGCGGAGUUAAUGAUGAUAUAUCAUUAUCAGCAUACAUCACGACUGCUCUUCUAGAGAUUCAGCUUCCUCUAGAUUCCGUUACAGUUGCACGCAGCUUGAGGUGUCUGGAAUCAGCACUUUCAAAUGUCACUAAUCCCUAUACACUUGCUCUAUUGGCUUAUACCUAUACCCUGGCUAGGGCUAGGAAUGAGAUGAUCAGAGAAGCCAUUUUGAAACGUUUGGAUUCACUAGCCAUAAAGGAAGAUGAAAUGAUACACUGGGAGCGUGCUGAGAAGCCUUCAGAAAAUCAGAAUAAUUUCUUCUGGAACAGGGCACCAUCUGCUGAGGUGGAAAUGACAGCAUAUGUCCUUCUUGCUCUAGUCUCUUCACAAAAUCCAUCUACAACUGACCUCAGCUAUGCAACCAAGAUUGUGAAAUGGAUCACCAAACAGCAGGGUCCUUAUGGUGGCUUCUCAUCAACACAGGACACCGUUGUGGCUCUUCAUGCCCUGUCUAAGUAUGCUGCACUGAUGUACAGUAAGAAGAGUAAUGUCACGGUAAAUGUGAAAUCUGGCCAGCAGCUUACAAACAGUUUUAAGGUGAACAAGAGCAACAGCUUGUUGUUGCAGUCGAUGACCAUUACAGAUACUUCUAGAAAUUACACAGCUGAAAUCUUUGGCGAAGGAUGCAUACUUAUACAGACAACUUUGAAGUACAAUGUCCCACCUGAAAAGAAUGAGUUGACCUUCUCCAUUCAGGUUAAUACCGCUCCAGCUGAGGGCACACAGCUUUCCAGCACUACUUUUAAAAUUAUUAUCAAUGCAAGCUAUACUGGCAAACGUAGGGUCUCCAACAUGGCCAUCAUAGAUGUAAAGAUGUUGUCCGGGUACGUCCCGGAUAAGAUAUCAGUACGAAAGCUUGAAAUGAACAAUCUGGUGAAAAGGACAGAAGUGAAAAUAACUGAGGUCAUCAUCUACCUAGAAGAGCUGAGUCAUAACACCGUAAUACUUGACUUCAAUGUGAAACAAGAUUUUCCUGUAAAGAACACAAAACCAGCUGUUGUCAAAAUCUAUGAUUACUACGAAACAGAUGAACAUGCUAUCACAGAAUAUAAUGUUCCAAGCAGCCUAGCAGAUUCAAAAGAAGAAAACAAUGCUCGCUGACCAUCGUCAAAAUGCUCAGCAUGAAAACUAUGUUAAGAAGUUAGGCAACAAAUAAAACAAAAGAUUUAUGGCUGCAUUAUUUCAGGCCUUUCUUUUUAAUGUUUCUUUGACUCAUGCAGUGCAAACAGAUUUCUUUAAUUUUUGCUAAAGAAUGUAGAGGGAUCUAUACUAUAGUUGUAUUUUAUGUGAUGAAAUGAAACUGUUUUGUCUCCUGAAAAUGAUUUAUAAUAAAACUCAUUUUAUUAAAUACAUUUAUUUUAACAUAAA